AUGGACACCAGGUUCGUCUUCAUUUCCGGACUCAUCAUGAUCCCCAUGAUAUCAGGCGCCCUGACCUUCAAUGCAACUCUUAUAUGCAGCUUGGUGGUCAACGGAACCAAGAUGAACGAUCCUCGGGCGUGCAACGCGUGGAUUCAGUGCGUCGAUGGGAUCGCUGUGAGUGGUAGCUGUGCGACUGGACUCUUCUACGACCGGGAGAGCCAGAAAUGCCUGAGUUCCAGUAGUGUCAAGUGUCUGUCCAGUGACCCGUGCGCUGCUCUGCCCACCGGAUUCGCGGCUGAUCCGUACUCCUGCAACGGUUAUUACUACUGCAAGAAUGGCAAGGGGACGCACGGAGUGUGCAACACUGGGAUGAACUACAAUUCGGGCACGCAGGACUGCAUCCGGGAUUUUCCGUGCCCGGAUAAGAUGGAUCCGGAUAGCUAUUGCAACAUACUGCCGGAUGGGGUCUUUGUCAAGGACACGGACAACUGCAAUGGCUAUCAGAUGUGCUGGGAUGGCCAGGUGAUCAAUGGAACCUGUCCGGGCACCUUCUACUUCAAGGCCUCCACGGCCCAGUGCGAUUAUCCGCAGAAUGUGGAGUGUGACUUCGUCCCAGUGCCAGAUAUCAUCGAGAAGGGUGUAUGUCCAGAGACGGGUGGAUUUAUAUCCGAUAACAAGACCUGCAAUGGCUACUACUACUGCAAGGACUUGGGCAACGGAGAGUUCUCGCUGGAGCAUGGCGUGUGCUCCGACGGAAGAUUUUUCCUGGCCACCGACGGCGGAGCCUGUGUGCCGCGAUCCAAGGUGAAAUGCGGCUACGAUCGCUGCGUGGGCUUGGGCAAUUCCACCAUCCAGCUGGCCAACGAGUCGGAUGAUGGCUGCAGGGGCUACUCGAUCUGCCAGGAUGGCAUUGUCAUUGGCCAGGGAACUUGUCCGCAGGACGAGUACUUCGACGAAAUUAGCCAGCGGUGCACCACCCAGGUCAUAUCGUAUACCGCCUGCCAGAUAUCGGAGGGAACCACCGGGACCCAAGUCCCAAGUGACACCACCACCACCAUCACUAGCACCACCAUCGCGGUCCCGUGA